AUGAAACUAAGUGAAUCUACAAUCUUAGCAAUCACUGCAGGUAUUGCUGGUGUUGCAACAUUGUUCACAUUAAUCGGUUUGACUACUCCGAAAUGGUUAAGAAAUGGUUACGGUCUAUGGAAUUGUAACAAUGUUUGUUCACCUUCGACAGCGACACUGACAAUUUUAUCUCUUCUCUGUCUUGUGGCUAGCUUCAUUCUACUUAUUAUUUUACUUAUCCGGGCAUUUCCACGGAAAUUUCGAUACAUUCCAUUGUGUUUACUGAUCAUUGGUACACUCUUUCUUUUGAUCUCUACGGCAAGCUAUUUACGUCACGCGAAAAUUAUCGGCUAUAGUUAUGAAUUAGUUGUUACUGGCCAUGCAUUCGCGUAUUUCGCUUCGAUCAUACUUGCUUUCUGGUUUGGAACUACAAUAAACGAAAAAUCAGCAGCAAGGUCAAUUACACAACCGCCCACCAUUACCCUGCCGACGUCACGAGGUCUUUAA